GGUAUGUUUCGACUGUGGAGCGAAAAACCCUAGCUGGGCAAGCAUAACAUAUGGAGUUUUCCUCUGUAUUGAUUGUUCAGGGACGCAUCGAUCACUUGGUGUUCAUCUGAGUUUCAUUCGUUCUACAGAACUGGAUUCCAAUUGGUCUUGGUUUCAACUGAGAUGCAUGCAAGUUGGAGGAAAUGCAAAUGCUUCUGCUUUUUUCCAUCAACACGGAUGCAUGACAAAUGACACCAAUGCAAAGUAUAACAGCCGUGGUGCUCAGCUUUACAAGGAGAAGAUUAAAUCUCUUGCAACACAAGCAACAAGAAAGCAUGGUACUGAUCUGUGGACAGAUGGAUGUGGAAUGCCACCUGCGUCACCUCAACACAAAGAGGAAGAUUUCUUUGCAUCCCAGGUUUCUCCAAAGGCAAAGAACACAGAAUGGGGAUCAUCAGAGCCGAUUUCUCUGAAGCAGAAAACUUCAGAAAAUAUUUCAGAAUGCCAUGAAGGUGGCCCAGAGCAUGGACCAAGUGUUGAUUGCCUUAGUGCAUCCCCAAAGGCUACCUUGGAGAACACCUCCUUCAUAAAAAAGAAGCCAAAUCAAGCUAAAAAGGGCCUUGGUGCCAAAAAAGGUGGCUUGGGGGCGCAGAAAGUGAGCAACCAAAGCUUCAAUGAGAUUGAAAAGCAAGCGCAAGCUGUAGAUAAAAUGAAGGAGCAUGAGGAUCUUCACAUUGGUAAGAGAAAUGAGAAGGAAGAACCACUUGUAUCAUCUUUAAGAUUGGCCUACAGAGAUCUUGAUAUUAAAACAAAAGAUGACAAGCUAAAUCUAUCUGAUAAGAAGAAAAGUGAGUUAGAGAGACUUGGCAUCGGAUUUGGUAGCAACAGAAGUGGUAUUUCCCACUCAGUCAUUUCGGAUAUGCAGACAAUAGAACAGGAGUCGCCUACAAUUGCAAAACCAAAGAAAAAGUACAUGGAUGAUGUAGAAGACUCAUAUUUUUCUUCUGGUUCAAGGUACUAUGAUUCUUCAGUUUUGAGGAGCAGCAGUUUCUCUAAAUGGGAUGACAAUCCAGAUUCUUUUUGGAAGAAAGAAAGUAAUAACAGAGAUAUUGAUAUAAUAUUAACUUCAAAAAGUUCAGGAUAUUCAGACAGGCCUGCAUCUCGUCGUAAACCUGAAUAUGAGCCACCUUUAAGCACAGAUGAGGCACAAAAAAAAUUUGGCAAUGUAAAAGCAAUUUCCUCAGACAUGUAUUUUGGAAGGCAAGAUCAUGCUGAUUAUGAAGCUAGGGCUCGACUAGAGAGACUUUCUGGAAGCUCCUCCAUAAGUUCAGCCGACUUGUUUGAAGAUCAGAAGAAACAGCCAGCAGGAAGCUACAAUAUUACAAAUGUCUUGCCUUCAGCUCCUGAUAUGGCUCAGUUUAAACAAGGAGUGAAAUCAGUGGCUGGAAAACUUUCUGUACUUGCUAAUGGAGUCAUGACAUCUAUACAGGAUCGAUAUGGUUCAUAAGCUUUUGGACAUCAACCUAAGUACACU